GUGACUAUGAGACCUAAAACACUUGAUAAAUGUAGGGUACCUUCAUGGGUUGCUCCACUGCUCUACUGUGCCUCGCGCUUGAAAAGUGACAAAACCCGGCGUAAGAAGGCCUACAAACUUAUUCAACGCAAUCUGUUUUAUCACAAGGUUGGGAUGAAGGAGGAGGACACUGUGCAGCCCACCUAUGUUUACUCAGCAGAAGUGAAACAGCUUAUACGCAAUGCAUUUCCAGAAGACAUCCGUGAUUACCCUGACCCCUGCCAUAAACAGGUGGUGUACGUUACCCUUGAGGAUCUCCAAAGAGUUGAGCACGCUUGAUUAAGUUUUCACAGCGGGGAAAACCAUGAAACAACUGCCUUGCGUAGGCUGACUUGUUUUGCUGUUGUUUUACUGAGAUGAAUAAAUGAAUGAGAAAAGACGGGUUGGUGUGUACCAGUGUCAUAUGAGGAACAAUGAGUUUAAAAGGCAAAUAUAUUUGGCAGUGCUCGUGCGUAAAUACGCACGUGUCUAUGGCGCGAACUUGUACAGCUGACGCACACCUGAAUUUAAGCUUUACAUUUAACUUUUCCACGCAGGCUUUAUUUUUCAAGGCAAGAGAUAAUGAUUCUGAGUAAUAUACAGCAGGCUUUACGCUUACUGAUGCUGCGGCAGUGGAGGACGCUUCAAAGGAAAAAUACAGAGGGAAGAGGGGGGCUGCUGGUCCUGCUCUGGGUAGUGCCAGAUAACCCACAAAAUGGCCAACUCAACUGUACAGUUGCAGCAGCAGGGCCCUGGUGUUUUGGUGUCAGAGUGGAGGAAAUCCAUCAUGAGUUUUGGCAGAAACAGGCUGCGUCUGCAAGCCCAUGCCCUGCCCCUGACCCAGAGGAACUAUGUGAGUUCACCGAGGUCCAUGGCCCCCUCCACUUCCUUCUGUCAUUCCAGGUGAGAGAGGGUAGACUGGUCAGGUGUGAGGAGCGUGCUCAAACAGAGGUGUUUCUUCACAGACUGAGCCUGACCAACGCAAGGGUGAAAAUCCACCUUAGAUUGAAACUGGAUGGUGAGAUAUACCAGAGAAUAAUCAGUGGGAAAACAGAGAGCAAAGUCAUACUUGAGGACCAGGCAGUCAUCAUGGAUGUUGCCUGUCACACUCAGCCUCCUGUGUUUGUGGGGAGAGGGCCCUGGUGUCAGCGAGGGCAUCCUGUCCGGGGGGCGAGGCUGCCACUACGCACCCCGCCUGAGGCUAUGGAGCAGGGCCUGUAUGGGGAGCUCAGCCUACUCCCCAUCACCAUCCUCACCCCCUGCGUCCAGCAAUACCCCAAUAUAGUCACCCGUCUAACUCAAAUACAAGUGUUGUUGUACAGCCCUAGUAACCUGCCUGUGCAGGGCCUCUCAGCCUUCCUCCAGCAGCUGCCUGCCCAUCUGGCCUGCCUGGAGCUGGGCCUGCCUGGGCUCUCCUUCACACCCUCUCCCUCACAAACCACCACACCAGAGCAUAAUGGCUGUAUCACCGUGAACACCGAAAACGGUGAACCCCAUCAGAAGACUGAGGCAGAGCGCUGGCCUGAUGUGGAACAGACUCUGUCUGUCUUCCUUUUCCUCCAACACAGAGAUCCCUUCCACUCCCAGCUCUCUGACUUUGUUGCUAGUGAAGAGCUACUGGAGCACCACCUAGAGGAGGUUCUGAGGUUCAACAGCAAAGAAGUCACAGCUGUGAUGAACACAGCUUUGCAGAGUACACUGAAGGACCAGCAGCAAAGACAAAAAGUCAAUGAGAAGAUGUCGUCUGCUCUGAGAGUCAUGUUGAGUUCUGUGAGCUCUGUGGUGAACAGCUCCAGCAACUUAGAGUUUAGGACCACCUGUCUGGACAGGAUGAAGGUGCAAAACACUUAUGAGUUGUCUGCCUCUCUCCACCAAACCCUAAAGAGAGUGACUGCAGGGAGAUGCCUGCCUAGUAGCAAGUGCUACUCAGUACAGACUGGUGCCAACAACGGAGUGUCUGAGAAUGAAAUCUGAUGACCUGCCAUUUUCGUUUUAUUGAAUUACUGUAAAUGGAGAUGAGUGUUGUGAAACAAAUGUACAUGUUGCUUUAUAUGAAUAAAAUCUAAGUUAU